AUGUCCUUUGAUGGUAAUGCUCCAGGUGAGGACGCCGCUCCCCGGGAGGGUGAGCUCCCGUUGACCACAACCGCACUAAGGCUACACGACCACAGGCUCUUUCAGAAGGGUGCAGUUUCCGAGGCCGGUAUCACUACCGGUGCCUCGAGCCGUCAGACUGCGUCCGCGCCUUGGCAGGUUGUGUCCCCUAGUGCUAGACAACCACCGGCCAGCCUUCCGAUAGCAGCCGGAGGAAGCUCAUCCCAAGAUAUUAGUCCGUCAGCCCAGAGUCUUUUCCAACCGACCUCCUCGACUAUGAACAGUUUGACAAUCGGCGAUCAGCGAAUCCUGCAGAAUCAAGCAAACAUUAGCAAUGUGUUUGUUCAGAACGACAGGUCGCCGUUACUCGAGCAAAUAGCUGAACAUCGCCACAAUCAGAUCAUUGGUCAGAUCGCAAACAAUUUUCAGGAGCAACUCCAAGCAAUGGGUAUGAAUGUCAUGUCGGGAGUGUCACAACUCAGAGUUGAACUUGCUCAGGCCGAAACCAGAUUAGGUAGUGAGGAGACACAGGCCAGACAGAGAUUGGCAACAGGUCAGUCACAGCUUGACUCGCAGGCCAAUGAGAUCAACGUGGCACGAGGUGAAGCUCAAGCUUUGGCCCAAAGACUAAGCGCUGCUGAGAGCCACGCUGACGCUACCUACGCUAGGUUGCAUGAUCAACUUCACCAAGCGGAAGCUAAGGCCGUCAGCAACGCGGAUCUCCUCAAUGCUGAAAUGGACAGUGCCCGUGUCGCCGCUGCUCAGGCAACACAUGCAGUUCAGGCGACAUCUGAGAUUGAGAUUUCACGCUUGACUGCUGAAGUUAGGGAUUUCAGGGUGAUGAUGAGUCACGAGUCAGAGAAGAGAAAGAUGGCUGAAAAGGAGAAUGCUGAACUGAAAUCGCAGCUAAACCAGGCCAUCGCGGCUCUGCAGGCUCAUGCAAGCGCAACGGGGUCCGCCCCAUCUGCGCCACCGGGUCUGAUCCCUACCUAUCCCAUCAAUACUCCGCCUCAGGACGCCAAAGGGUCAAGGCCCCGACGCCACCCUGACGGGGGAGGCCCUGAUGGAGAUGAUGACGGCAGCGAUGAUGAUGACUCGAGCAGCAGUCAUAAAAAGAAAAAGAGCAAGAAGAAAGACAAGAAAAGCAAGAAGAGGGAUUCCAGUUCCUCUUCUGAUCUCUCGCCCAAGCAGCUCAAGGCAAUCAUCAAGCAACUUGCCAAAGGAAAGACUAACGAGAAGGAGGAAGUUGAUGAGGAUGUAAACAAGACCAAAUCCAAGGAGGCCGAGAAGAUCCUGUUCCCCAAGUUCCCGACACCUGAACAGUACAGGAACUGGCGAAUUAGAGUUCGUGAAGCUGUAGUUGCAGCGUCCAAUAAGCCGGAUGAAGCUUUUGAAUGGCUUUCGAAGGUAUGGGACAAGGACUCUAAGGAAGAAGAGUUGAGGGACACAGGUGGCUUCUCUACUCUCGAUGCCAAGGUCUUGUCGGCAGUGACAAAUGUCCUUGAAGGUGACUUCGCGCGCCAAAUGGACACCCUCAAGGAGAGGGAGGCUCACGCCGGGAGGAACUGGGAUACGGUGCUUUCAGGCAUUCAGACCACCCCUGAAGACAAGGUUCUCGAACCGCUCUUUCAUAGGCAGGUAAAGAAAUGCAAAGCACUUCAGCACGAUAUUGCCAUCUAUGAAAGGGCUGCCGAAGGCUCCAGUGAAAGAUCGUUUAAAUUUCUCUACGACGCCGCCAAUAGCCACUUGAAUCGAAAAAGGCUCGAGAGGAACCGGGAGCGGAUUGCCAAGCAAACUGGAGCUCCUGCUGUUCCUACUGCGCCUGCACCCAAGAAAGUACCCAAAGGGUUUUGCAUCUCUUUUGUCAAGAACGGCAGUUGCAAGAAUGGUGGCAGUUGUAAAUACAAGCACCAGACGCCCAGCGGACGUGGCAGAUCGCAGUCACCCGGCGGAGGCCGAGGGAGAAGUCCUUCAAGACCCAACUCCCCGUCAGGAAAGCCUCGAGUGUGCAAGUUCUACAAACAAGGUCGUUGCGACCGUGGAGAGAAUUGCAAAUUCAUGCACACCGGAAAGCCAGGUGCCGCUGCUACACCCGACGGAAGUCAGAAGGGAUCUGCGCGCCCUGACAAGGGCAAGGACAAGAAGAAGAAGGAACGCAAGGGCUCCAGGGCUAGCUCCAAGGGUUCUAAGGGAAGCAAGGGUUCGAAAGGAUCACAUGGCUCCGGGAACUCGAAGGGCUCAGCUCGAAGGAGGAGUGGCGGACCUUCUCUCCCUGCAGCAGUUUGCCUUCUAGGAGCAAUGAUGGCCGGCACGGCUUCCCAAGCCGACGCUUUUACUCUCCGGAAGGAUGAGUCGUACUGGCCCCCUCAGUGUUCCACUGACAUGCGUUUGGCGCUACCAGCAGUGUCUUUUGACAACAGCCCAAUGUACAUCAACUUCCCACUCAGAGAUGGAGAGCUUAAGUUCCCUGUUGAGAAUCCUCAGCGCAGGUAUGACAAGAAGUGGUCUGUUGACUACAUUCCCAAGCCAGACAAUCAAUCCACCAGAGAUGCACUUAUGGCCGCUCGCAUGUUGAGAGCUACGGUCAAAGACAGUCUGGAGGUUCAACUAUCAUCAGAAUCGCCACCCAUCGAAUGGAUUGGUGACACAGGGAGUGCUCAGGAUCUCAUCUCAGAGCGGGAGCUUGUGAAUCUGCAUCCGUACGAAUCGGACUGCCCAAUCAACAUUUGCACUGCGAAUGGACCGAGUUACGCAGGUGACAAGGUUUUCCUUGAUGUGAAGGAUAACGUUCCGUACUUGAAGUCUUGGAAGGAGGGUAUCGCUUGUCCUGCCCAUUCAAGACACGAGUCUACUCGGAUCGAUACGGAUGAUGCUGUUGAGACCAUCACCAACCCAGAACAGAUUGCCGCGCAACUUAUCCAGGAGCAGGAUUUCUCCCAUCAGGCAUGCUUGCGAUUGCUGAAGGACUCAAACUUUAAGCAAUCUAGGUUCAACAGGAAAGCCAUCAAACCGAAGGACAGUAAGGACUCGAAGUACAUGAUUUUCGGGGCUUUUUCACAUGGGGGGAUGCAAGGGAUAACCAAUCGCACUCAUUCCUACCCCAAGGUGAUUAAGUACCUUCUGUCCUAUCUUAAACAUCAUGGAGCGGAUGGCCCAAUAACAUCGAUUGCUGUCAAUCAGAACUCAGGCGUUAAAAUGCACAAGGAUGUCAACAAUCACCGUGAACACCUCAACUACACCAUUGCAAUCGGCGAUUUCACCGGAGGCGAAUUGUGGAUUCACGAUGACACCAUCCGGAAGGAUGAGCCAGGUUGCAUCAACAAGAUCGCCCCCACUGGUGCCAAACUGGGAGGUCGUUUGCACAGGUCGAAGUCAAAGAUCAUUUCCUUCGAUCCAAAGACUUUCCAUUGCGUCACUCCCUGGAAGGGCGAGCGUUGGAGCAUCACGGGAUACGUCAAUCGCGCUGUGCACAGGCUGGAUUCGCAUCAGCUAGAGAAGCUUAAGUCACUGGGGUUCUUGCUGCCGAAACAGAAGAACUUCCCUCCAGCAGUGCCUGCGGAAAUCGAUGAGGAGAUGACUCUUUACGAGUUAGCUACUAUGGAUCCUCCAGCUCCGGCCCCAGAACCGAAAAGCAAGCCUAAAGUGAAGUUGAAAAAGAAGCCUGAGGAACCCUCAGACAAGAAGAAGAUUGCCAAAGAAGCCUCCAAAGCCGAACCACCUUCGGAUGAACCAGAUUGGUCAAAAGUCGAGGGGUUAUUGAAAGAAGCUGUUGCCCCCAUCCCUUCAUCUCCGGAUGAAGAGUUCCUUGAUGAAACGGAACUGAUCAGGUACGAACGUGUGCAACAAGGUCUCGCUGCCGAUGCCCUCGAGCGACCAGCGACGGAGUCACUCCACAAUCAGGAGAAGGCCAUUGAUGAUGAGGCUCGAGAGCAAGCUUUGAGAGAUCUCGAGGCCCAAGCUUCUCUUGACGUUGAAUGGGAAAAGUUGAUGAAGAAGAAAGCCUGGGACAUGUCAUCUGUUCGUGAAUGGGAAGAAGUCUCUAAAGAGGCAGCCAAAAGAGGAAAGAAGGCCCACGUUGGCAAAAUCUUUGAAAUCUGCGUGGAAAAGGGCAGUGAGCUUCCUAAAGGGAAUCCCUUACGGAAGUUCAAGGGUAGGACCGUCUUUCAGGGCAACAAUGUGAAGGACGAGAACAAUGACACCGCUCUCUUUAGUGAGCUGGGCUCUAGUCCCGCCACCAUGGAAGCGGGUAAGGUUCUCGACGCCUAUGGCCAUGCCCCCGGCCACGAUGUGGAACAGGGGGAUGGUAAACAGGCGUACACGCAAACGACUCUGAAAGGCGCUGACACUUGGGUCAGGCUCCCACGUGAGCGUUGGCCUAAGGAGUGGGUCGGCAAGUUUAGGGACCCCGUCGUCCGCCUCAGAUUGGCUCUUUACGGGCACCCAGACAGCGGGGGCUUCUGGGAGCAACAUUGCGAAAAGCGCUUGCGGGAGGUUGGUUUUGAGCUCGUGUUUCCCGCUGCAUGGCCAUCUGUCUUUUAUCAUCCCACAUUGAAGCUUUUAUUAGCCGUGUAUGUAGAUGAUUUCAAGAUGGCCGGGCCAAAAGAGAACCUAGCCAAAGGCGCUUCCGACUUCCAGUAUUUUGCGAAGAACAAUCCAGAAGUGGAGAGCCUAAUCUACUCAAUGAAGUGGGGGUAUCACCUCGACCAGCUCAUCGAUGAGGCGCUCAAGCACCUUAACGAGGCGAGGGAUCACCACCCGGAAGGGGCGGCUACCCACAUCAUUUUUGGAUGGUCGGGAAACGAUGUAUGGGGCCAACACGGCUAUCAUGGCUACACUUGGCAUCUUCAGAGCAAGUUCACAAAGCGAACAGCCGAGGAGCUCGAGCAGAUUGACACUUGGCCUGCAAAGCAGAAGCUUCGUGUUGAUCGGGCGUGUGAGAGAGCGUGCAAGCUCCUCCACCGGACUGACGUCUCGGGUGUGUCUUUCUUGAUGGGCAGCCAUCACUCCUGUUUCUUCCCGGUCGGGGAGCUCUAUGACAGGUGCAUGAAGAAUCACGCCCGAGAUCUGAUGAGCGGAGGAUGCACCAUCAUUGACCCUGUGGAGCUCUAUGAGCAGACCAGCAGGCCUGAUGGCUUCCACGCUGACGCGUCGGAUCAAAAUCUGCAGAGCACCCUUAGGUGGCACGCGGCGAUGCUCCGCGGCAUACUCACAGAUUACCGCCUUCUCGCUGUUGAGCAGCAACUCAUCGCAAAUCAAAGAGAAGCCGUUUUUCAUGCACACUUUGUGUUGAACAAGCCCGAACCGUUCCUCACCGUGCCCCCUGCGUCCGGUAGAAUCCUUUCCAAGAUUGUCGAUUCACCGGACCCACCUCUGGCGAGGGAGGCAGAAGAGGAGAUUGUGUUGGCCGGUCCACUCCUGGCGGAGGCGGAGUACGAAGUUGUCGACGACGACUCGGCUCAGAGCUGCAAUCCGCAGCCCAUCACUGAGUUAGACUUUGCCAGGAAUGACACCAGGCCUGGCGCAGGUUGCGUCCUCGCGAUUGAAGACAGCGACCCGAUCAACGUGGUUGCUGAGGAACACCUCGUCAUGGCCAACCAAGCGGCAGAGGGCAUCACGCAGGAAGAACUCACCGCGGUCGCGGCUGAAGAGGAAAUUACCCUCCUCAGUCAAUUCGUGGAGCAGGAUGAUGAUCCAUAUGAGAAUGCCGACACCUACUCCUUGAAGAGAGCUGAAGUGGUCGCGCCUCCUUCUCCCGUGGUCGUCAUCAGUGACCCCGACGCCCCUCAGCCGAGCGAGGCCGUUUCUCAGGCACCCCUUGUCCCCAAGGCAAAGCCGAGGCCUCCCACGCUGCCGCGUUGGGUUACUGCCGAUCAGCUCCCCGAUCUGCCGGAUGAUUACCGUUUCCUCACGGAGAACGCCCGGGUCUGCUUGUCGAAGAAGAUGUCCUUCCUUGCCCGGGGAUUCGCCAAUCGGCGAGCGCCAGAAAUGGCGGUACACAUCUCAGCCAGGGACAAUUCUAUUGAAUGGUCCGAAUUUUUCGAGAGGUUGGGAAUGAUGUGGAGAGGCCUCCGUGUGGAGCACGUGGUGAACGCCCUUCCUGCUUGGGGAAACCCAGGGGGGAUCGUCGUCUACGACUACGACCACGUGUUGUGGUAUCUCAGAGGUACGACUGUAGCGAACAUCGUUUGUCUUUCCUCAACUUUUGACGCCUCUUACGUCCUUCAGGGGGGCGGGUCCAAGGGGUGGGAGAGGCGGCUCACGGCCCGAGCAGAUGUCAUCGCACACUCGCUGACCCCAAAGCAGGCGUCACUCAUCCUUUCGGCCAUGGCGCGUGCGCGGCAGCAGCAGGAGGGUUUCCUCCGCCGAUUCACCAUCAAGUUCGCGCCUUCCCUGGUCUCCGGGGCUGAACUCAUGGAUCUCUGCGGCAUCAUCAGCAGCCUGAGCCAGCUGGAUUCUUACCAGGAGGAGCUCUUCAGCCUGGCGUCGCGGCGCCUCGCGGAGUCCUCCCCGCAGCUCGAUGCGAGGCAGCUGGCCCUGGUGGCGAAUGCCUUCGUCCGGUCGGGGCAUGAGGACCGCAGCCUUUUCCGUCGCCUACUGAAGCAGGUUCCGCGGCAGCUCGCCCGCUGCACCGCGAAGGAUGCGGCAAUCCUUCUGAAUGCUUUCUCGCAAGUGCCGGCUUUCCAGCUGAAGGACUGGGAUGAGGAGGCACUCGACGAAGAGCAGAAGGACCUCAAGAAUGCCCUGGAGGCCCUGGCGCUCCGACUCCCUGAGCUGCUUCCAAAGGCUGACCUGCACUCGCUCACCUUGAUCUUGAACGCAUUCGCGCAAAUGCAGUUCGUGCAGAAGGACGCUUUGGACCUCCUGAGCCAGGAGCUGCUCCUCAAUGAGGAGCGCUUCCAGAGGGCCUCGGGGCGCCAGCUGGCCAUGACCCUCAACGCUGUGGCCAGGCUCCAACUCCUGGAGCCCCGACUCCUGGAGUCACUCUCUUCCUGCGUCCGGACGCGCACCCAGGACUUCGACCCCCAAUCCUUCUGCGUGGUGGCCAACGCCGCAGCCAAGCUCCAGUUAGGCGUGGAGACGUUCCAGGUACUGUAUGCGCGGCUCCCGCGGCUUCUGGCCCGGCUCUCUGGAAGACAGCUCGCGAUGAUCUGCCAUGCCUGGGGCAAGGCACACAUCCACAACGACGAUCUGUUUGAGCUCCUCAUGCUGCCCCUCAUCCAUCAGGCGGGCAAGCUCACUGCGCACGAGGUGGCUAUCACCAUCUACGGCUAUGCGCACUUCAGGAAGUCACCGCCAGAGCUCUUCAAGCCUCUGCUUGACCGAUUCGGGGCGCUGCUUCUGGAGGAGGCAGUCAGCGAGGCUGACCUCCUCAUGGCCGCGAACGCGCUGGGGCGCAUCGCCGAGCGCGACGCGCGCGUGGAGUCCGCGCUGCGUAGUCGCCUCUCCGAUUCGAACGCGGCGAGGCACCUGUCUGCUGCUGCACAGGCCACUUUUGGCUUGCAGGACGAAGCUGCUGCGGUUUCCGCCGCGUUUGCUCGCUCGACUUCUCCGACUGACGGAG